GUUACUCUGAGUUUCCAUGGGGCCAGCUAUAUUCUUUCAUUAUGCUACAAAGGGACAGUGGGUAUCGGAUUCAAUGAGCAGUUUCUUACAUACUUUGUUCUGCUUCAUCUAUAUGCCUUGCAGUUAGAAGGUCUGCAGUCCGUGUUAGAUGACAAUUCUGUGAGUUAAGCCUGUGGGAGGUAGCUUGGGAGGAUGUUGCAAUAACUAGUUACCAUUUCCUGAUUGUGACUCUGAGAAACUGUGGGUAUGUAAGUGUAAAGAAUUAAAACCCUGGAGCAAGGCUGUUACUGCAUAUCCUGGAGUCGGGAGGACAUUUUGAGUAACACAAACGGUAAGACUGAAGGAAUUUCGGUGGAAGAGGCUGAAGGGGCUGCUAUGAUCUCCCAAUUUCUGUUCCUGCUCUGCUUUGACAUUUUUCGUUGUCACAACUGGCUGGAGGGAUUGCUACUGGCAUCUGGUCUGUGUCUUAGCCAAAGGGACAUGACAGGAGAUGGGCCACUUCCCAAGCCCAGCCUCAGUGCCUGGCCCAGCUCGGUGGUCCCUCUCAAGAGCAAUGUGAUUCUGAGGUGCUGGUCUCCAACCAGGAAUGUAAACUUUGCUCUCAAAAAGGGAAGAAUUACUAUGUGGUCCUUAGAGCCAUGUAAUCUUACAGAGAACCUGGCUGAAUUCCUUCUCACUGAUCUACACCAAGGUAACGCUGGGGAGUACACCUGUGAAUACUACACCAUUCUGUCCCCCUACACAACUUCACAGCCCAGUGAUGUCCUUCUACUUCUGGUUACAGGAGGUUUCCCUAAACCUUCCCUCCAAGCCUACCCAAGUCGUAAUGUGACUGCAGGAAAAAAAGUGCCUCUGCGGUGCCAGAAGCCAUACAAUGUUGUGGACUAUGUAAGGUUUUCUCUACUGAAGGAAGGAAUGUCAGAGCCCAUACGGGACUGGAGGCCAUUAGGGAACAUGGCAGGGUUCUCCCUCCAGAAUGUGACAGUCAAGGACACUGGGAACUACAGCUGUGUCUACUACCAGAAAAGCAGUCCUUUCUGGGCCUCACACCCCAGUGAUAGCCUUGAGAUCUGGGUGACAGCUACCACAUUGGGAGAUAACCCCUCAGUUUCCCCAAGUACCACAUCAGGAGAUUACACCAAGGGUAAUGUCAUCCGUCUGGGUCUGGCUGCCCUAGUUCUGAUUAUCAUAGGGGCUUUCCUAAUUGAAGCCUGGUAUAGCCAGAAGGAGUCUCCACGUGGAUCCAGAUCUCACAGCUUCCCAGGGAAACAAUGAGUGCUUGCUGGAGUUAGACCUGUUGAUCCUUACCGUUUCCUGUAGAAUCUUCACUCUCAGCUCUAUGGAGAACUCCUCCAGGACAAGAUGAUGGCUUCUCUCUUCCUAUACUCCUUCCCACCCAGGACUGAGGACAGCACCGGGCAUAAAGACUCAUGUAAUAAAUUUUUGAUGAUUUGGAUGAAUACUCGAAAUUUCGAAGUCAAGCUGGGUAGCAGUUUCAGUGGCACCUGGGGGGAACACUUCCUCCAUUGAAAGUGGGGGAAACAUUGAUUCCUGGUAUAAUAUUUAUUAUUGCUUCCCCUCCAUUCUCUCUAUUUUGUGCUUGUGGACCUCCAAUUAGGCAAAUAUUGGAAUUUAUAUAUUUAUCAUACAUGUGUUUUAAAUUUUCUUCCAUAUUUUCCAACUUUUUACCUAAUUUUGGGAGAAUCCCACUGUAUUCCAUGGCAUUAAUUUGUUCCUCAUUUGCAACCAGUAUUCUGGUUUCAGGUGUAAAAUAUCAAUUAUAUUUUCAUUUUCAAGAUCUGUUGUUGUUUCUUGUUAAUACUAUUGUUUUUUUUUCAUAAAUAUUCAUUCUUAUUUUAAAGCUAUUGUUAUCGUCAGCUGCCAUCGAGUUGGCCCCCGACUCAUGGUGACUCCAUGCACAACGUAAUGAAAUGCUGCCUGGUCCUUUGUCAUCCCCAUGAUUGGCUGUGGAUUAGACUGUUGUGAUCCAUAGGGUUUUCACUGGCUGAUUUUUGGAAGUAGAUCACCAGGCAUUUCUUCCUUAAAGCUGUUAUCUCCUCUAUUAUAACUCUCUAGAUAUACUUAUCAAAAUCACAUUUGAUUGUAAUACAAAUGAUUCCCUUAGAAGUAAAUUCUUCUUUUUGUCCCCUUCCCUUCAUUCUGUUGGCUUUCAUCAAAUGAUUAGUGAGUCUUGUUUCUUCACUUAUCAUGAUAGUUGAGAUUCCCUUUUUGUGGCUGCUGCAGUUGUGGGUAAGACAAGGUAAGGGCAGCAGCUGAUGUUUGUUGUCCUCUGCACUGUUUUCCGGGCACUGGAGGAAAACUGGGGCUUGCCUUGGUCUGCAUAUCACGUGGCUGGCUUUCUCAAUGUGAAUGCCCCUGGUAUCCUCAAGCACCAUGAAAAUUUUUCCGUGCCUCCCAUUCAAGUAGUAAAGCUCACUGGUCCUUUCAGGAAGAGAUUCUUCGGCUGCUGUCUGGCUCAAGAGUGGCCAAAAUGGACAGAUCUCUGAAUUCAGAGCCCCGGUGGUGCAGUUAUCGCUCAGCUGCUGACUGAAAGAUGCCACAGUCCCAGGACCAGGGAUGCAGCUGUGGGUGCCGGAGGCAGGGGUGAUCCCUAAGCAACAGACUGUAACUAUACCCCUGAACAUGUAUGCUAGAAUUCUCAAGGGCCUGAUGGAAUGGAUUGUACCUUCCAUGCAUCUAUCAGAAUUGGAGUUGACAGUGAAUACUGCCGUACUGCCUAAUGGGUGAGAUAGCCCACAAGUGUUGUACCUAUGUAACCCUGCCCAACAUGAAUGGGAGCGAACUGAGGGGGAAGCACUUGCUAGACUGGUCUUACUACCAGCAAUCUGGACUAGCACAGCAGCUGAACCUGAUGUCCCUUCCCAAGGUGGAAAAGUUUGGGUAAAAAUAAAUGACAAAUGGAAGGAAGGAGAGAUAAUAGCUGAAGGUAAAAGAAUGAAUAAAUGGGUUAUGCAGCAGGGGAAAUUUAACAUUAUGUUGAUACCUUGAGAGAGACUCAGAGAAAGGGAUAAUUUUCUCUCAGUUAAAUUCAUCAGAGGCCAGAAAGGGUGAAGACGAGACAAACUGUUGCAGAACCUGACCAGAUCAGAUGGACACCUGCAGCAGACCUGAAUUACUGGUACCUGAGUAACUUUACCCUUAGGACUCUUUUGCCCUACUGAAGGACUAAUUGUCAAUGACUGUUUUGGACUGGUAAAACGAUUGGGAGGGGUAAAUUAAUCCUUCAUGUAUGAAAGUGUCAAUGGCGAGAAAAGUGAGGGGAUGGCCUGCAGUGUAAUGAAUUCCUUAAUAUGGCCUUUCUAGCCAUGGUCUUUGUGACUCUCACACAAAGACUGAGUGGGACUAUGCAAAUAAGGUAUAUGGAACCUGUGAUGGUUGGGGUUAUGUGUUAACUUGUCUAGGCCAUGAUU